AUGAAAAAUCAAGCUUUGACAAAUUCAGAAAAGCCAACAGCGCGCAGAGGAUCAGAAGAAGCCAGCAGCUAUAAUGGAGAAAGCCACAGCAGAAGACUUAGUUACCACGAUGUUUGGAGAAGAGCGAUGUGAAAAAUUAAAAUAAGGAAAAUGAUCAAUUAUAUGAAUGAAGAAAUUUUGGUUUUUGGGACUUCAAGCACGCUUACUGAGACAAUCAGCAGCUUUAAGUCAAACGCUGACCAGAUUCUAUACUAAUUAAGGUAAAAUAAAAAAUUUUCCACCUAGACCCGCUGAUAUUUUUAUAAAAAUUAGAUUUUUAUAGAUAGUUUAAAGCAUCCAGACUUGGGCAAUCAAUAAUAUAUUCUUUACGUGGGGAUACUAUUAGAAGGGUAGAAAAGCUGAAAACGAGCACAACCAAAUUUCCAAAAUAUUUAAUUCACCCUAAAUCUCUAUGAAAAAAAAAUUGGGAUGCUUUUUUAUUUUUGCUGCUACUAUAUACUGCAAUUGUAACCCCUUUUUAUUUGGCAUUUAUAGAUGUUUACUUCUGAGAUUGGCUAUCUAUAAUGGAACUAAUCAUAGACAGCGCUUUCGAGAUUGACAUUUUUGUGAACCUUUUAAGUGCUGCGUAUAGAGCGGAUGGAACAAUUGAAAAGUCAUUUAAGAAAAACGCUAAAAAUUAUUUAACAGGCUGGUUUUGGUUUGAUAUAACUACAAGUUUACCUUUUACUUUAGUAAGCUAUGUUGUAGAGUCAAAAUCCCAUGGCAGCACUAACCAUUAUAUGAGAAUCGCCAGACUUCCAAGGCUUUAUAAGAUAAUCAGAGCCACAAGAAUGGCAAAAGUCAUGAAACAUUACAAGAACAAUUUACUGAUUGAAAAAGCCCAAGACUUUUUACAAAUGAACUCCAGAAUGUUCAAGCUAACAAAAUUCGUGGUUUCUGUCUGUGUUAUGGUCCAUAUUAUGGGCUGCAUCUGGUUUAUGAUCGACAAUUUCCAGGAUUUUCCUUAUGAUAGUUGGGUUUUUGAAAGAAAUAUGAUAAAUACCCCAGUUUUCCAGCAAUAUUUAAACUCUGUAUACUGACUCCUCCCUCCGUGAGCGAACAAAAAAUAUUGUUAGCUCACGAAGGGGGUAAAACUUUAUAUAUAAAUUUUAAUGUGAUUUCUGAAAAAAAAUUCUGAUUUGCGAAUGCUAAAAUUUAAUUUGUAAAAUUAUUAUUUAAUAAUAUAAGUUGCUUAAAAUCUAUAUAUCAAAAUAUUUUUAGAAAAAUUUUCUGCUCGCUCAUAGAAGGUGAUUUUUCCUCUUAUAAAAGGGAUUUUCUAAUGGUUUUGUUCACUCACAGAUGGAGGGGGUGAGCUUUAGUAACAGUAACAACAGUCGGAUAUGGCGAUAUCCACGCUUAUUCUCCUGUCGAGCAAUGCGUAUCAAUGGCUUGAAUGUUUGUAGGUAUUGGUUUUUAUUCCGUCACAAUUGGUUCUUUAGCGUCCUGUUUUGCUGACAUUGACACCAAAAAUUCAGUCCUAGAAGCCAAGCUAGGCGCCAUUCAUGAAUUUUCAAAAUCAACAGGAAUUUCUGACGAAUGUAAGCAGAAAAUAAGACGCGCUAUAAAAUUCAACACCUCUAAAUCAGGGAAUAUAUGGGCUGAUAAGCAUGGACUGUUACAAGAACUGGGAAAAGACUUAAGGUACGAAAUCUGUCUGUCUAUGUAUGAUGGUGCUGCUAGAGAAAUCCAAUUUUUUUCUGAUAAAGACAAAGCCUUUGUGAUUUCUUUUAUGCCUCUGCUAAAGCCAAUGAAGCUUUCUAAUGAAGAAUUUUUAUAUUGUGAAGGAAAUUAUGCAGGAGAGGUUGUUUUUAUUAUUAAAGGGAAACUUAACCUUGUCCUGCGUCCUAGUAAUUUGGCUUAUAAAAGUUUUUUAAAAGGGUCGUAUUUUGGGGAAAUAGAGAUAUUGAAAAAGAAGCCGAUCAGGAAAAUGAAUGUCAGGUCCUAUGGGACGACCGAGCUUUUGGUUAUUUCUAGGAUGGAUUUCCUUGAUGUUUUUGCAGAGUUUAGGGAAGAUUUGAAGCAUUUGAAGUAUAUUGCGAAUGAAAGGGAGAGGAAAAUAAAGGCGGCAAAAGAGAAAGCUGAAGAUGUGUUGAGGAAAUCUAAUAGGCUUCCACCUGUAUAUACACCACCAAAGCCUCCGAAAGAGGAUGAACUUAGGCUAGGUUAAUUAAAGUCAGGUGUUAGCAAUAUUGGUGAAGCAGUUACCAAAGGAAGGUUCGAAUGCUUUUCGAGGGUCUAUCCACCAAUAAUGGGUGCCAUUUCCGAUACCUUCCGUAGUCCUACGGCUCUGCGACGGGAUUGGGGUAAUUUGAAUCCAAGGAUCAGCUCCUUUAAGUCUUUCAGGUGUCGAUGCGCCUUCCUUCGACAGCUACAGGAAAAAGUCUCCCCUGUGGUCUUGACUGAAAAUCCCAGUUUCUCGGUAGAGGAAUGCCUAUGGGUCCUCGGAUCCAAAGGAAGUUGUCGGUCACCUCCAUUUCCAAUCACAGGAGGCAGCCAAAACCUACCUGGACACACAUCUCCUGAGGUAUAACUUGAUUCUUUACUCGGAAUUCGUCCCAGCUUGCCGUGGCCUUAAGAUCUGAACUUUUGCGCCAAGAGGGUAGGUUGCACGUGUCGCCAUUUUAAUGCAUAUAAGAGGAGGAAGUUAAAGAGACAGACUAGUAAAGAAUAUUUAGCUAUCAAGAGAUAAAAAAUAAUAUUUUCAAGGUGCAGAAAUACUUAUACUUUGCUAAUAUAAAUUGUACAAUUUAUAUUUUUAUAAAAGGGAUUUUAAUUUUAUUUUUAAUAUAUCUCCUAAUAAAAAAAUAAUCUAGAUAAGGUAUAAAAACUUUCAACGUCAAGAUGGCAGUUAUAGAAGCUGAUAUGAAUAGAGCUCAAGAAGCUUUAAGAAGUAUCCAAACUUUACCAGAAGAAUUGAGAGAAAAAUAUAUGAAGAUCCUUUAUGAAAAACUAGCUGAAAUUAUAGAAUAA